AUGCCGAAACCAUCCAGGCCGUCCAAAACAGCCGCAGUUACGGGAGAUAGCGCCAUCGUUGUGACAAGCCAGCAAAGUCGCUUCCACGUCGAUGCUGUCGAUGCCCCAAGCUCGAAAGACAUCGACGUCAAGGACUUGUCCCUCUCGGUUGGUGGUCGUGAGCUCUUAGAUCACGCACAUCUUCGAAUUCUCGAAGGAGUACAUUAUGUACUCGCGGGGCGGAACGGCACGGGCAAGAGCUCUCUGCUCCGGGCACUGGCAGAGAAACGAGUUCCCGGCGUCCCCAGCAAUAUCCGGCUUUUACUCCUCGGACAGACGCGUGUCAGCUCAGAUGCACUAUCAGAUCCGGUUGAAGUGGAAGGCCUGUCUCAAACAGCCACAGUUCUUGAACACGUAACCAGAAGCGAUCAAAUCCGGGAACGUGCUUUAAAGGCCUCCAAAAGCAUGUUGAACCAUUCUCAGCCCCUUCUCUGGGAUCUUUCCGUCGCGCUAGAAGAGAAGACGGAUUCCAAAAAGAUCGUCCAGACCGUUCGAUCACUCCAGGUCGAAGCAGCCCAGCAAGAACUGGCUGAAGCACAACUUGUAGCAGCGAGAAGAAGUGGUGCCAGAGGGCUCAAGGCACGCCAGUUACUUAUCGAGAAGGAGAAGGCUGUGGAGGAAGCUCGAAGACGCUCCCAUCGUCCGCAAUCCGCCGAAGACGAGCAAGAAGCCAUCAGGACGGGUCUCGAUAUGCUCGAAGCUACGCGCCUGGCCCUUGAAGCCAUGGAUGCUGGCAGCACCGAAGCUCGCGCUCACACUGUCUUAUUGGGAUUGGGGUUCUCCGAGGAACAAAUCAAACAGCAAGUCCAAACACUGUCGGGCGGAUGGCGAACCCGGUGCGAUCUUGCCUGCGCCUUGAUUCAGCGGAUGGAUGUUCUGAUGCUCGAUGAGCCUACCAACUUUCUCGACCUACCAGCAAUCAUCUGGCUUGAACGAUACAUCACGACGUCCUUGGCCCGAACAACGGUUGUUGUAGUCACUCAUGACAGAGACUUUGCCGACGCUGUGGCUGAGGAGCUGAUCCUGGUCCGCCUGGUGCCGGCAAAGACUCUGGAGGUGUUCAAGGGCAACUUGACCGAGUAUGAAGGGGAGAAACGAAAGCAUAUUCGAAGAAUGACCAAGAUGUCGGACGCCCUAGAGAAAAUAACCAAGCACAUGGAAGACACCAUCAACAAGAACGUCAAGGCGGCCAAGCGCACGGGUGACGACAAGAAGUUGAAGCAGGCUGCCUCGCGCCGAAAGAAACUGGAGGAGAGGUCUGGUCUGGAAGUAGGUCAACAUGGUGGCAGGUUCAAGCUGAACCGUGACCUGGCAGGCUAUCAUCUGUCGAACCGGGCCGAGAUUGAGAUCCCCGAGUUCGACCCUCCAGUGACGAUCACGCUACCUGAUCAGCCACCACCGCUCCGGCAUGCUGGCCCUCUGUUCAGCUUUGAAAAGGUCUCUUUUGCCUACCCCAAAGCGGGCGUCUGGACAUUGAAAGAUGUCGACCUCGUGAUGCAUCCCGGUGAACGUGUUGGCUUGGUCGGCUUGAAUGGUAGUGGAAAGUCGACUCUGGUCAAGCUCUUGAUGGCAGCUGCAUCAAACGGAGAACCGAGACCAACCAAGGGAGCCAUCACUGGCCACUCGAAAGCACGGCUUGCUUGUUAUUCCCAGCACGCCGUCGAAACCUUGGAAGCGGUUGGCCGACAAGACGCCCAGAAGACGGCCUUGUCUUACAUGAUGCAGGUUGACGGAUGGACCGGGGACGAGCAAGCCGCACGAGGGUUGCUGGCCAAGCUUGGCCUUCGUGGGAACACGGUGACAGAUGUUCCACUGGCCAUGCUGUCCGGCGGGCAACGGGUCCGGCUGGCGUUGGCCGAGGCCGUUUUCUCUUCACCACAGCUGCUGGUGUUGGAUGAGGUGACGACUCAUCUGGAUGCAGACACCAUUGACGGGCUGAUUGAAGCUCUCAAGUCUUGGGAAGGCGCGUUGCUCGUCAUCACGCAUGACCGACACUUCAUGCGCUGUGUGGUCGACGGAGAAAAGAUGGACAGGGACGAAGAGACAGAAGAUGGCGGGGAUGGCGAAGAGUCGGGUGCAGGCCCACCAGGAACCGUCUACCACGUGCGCAAGGCUGGCCUCCGCAGGCUUGAACGGGGGAUGGAACAGUACGAAGAGAUUGUGUCCAGAUCGGUGGGCAAGCUCAGAAUCUGA